UAAAGUGUACUGUAUAGGUCAGAGACAUCAGGGGUCAAGCACCGUCAAACGGAGCACGAUACCUUGCACUCGACAAGUCCCGUGAAUGACCGACGCUGAGAGUCGCUGAGCUACGUCAUACAGUACUCGGCAUUACGCUGCGCGGUGGGGUACAGUCUCGAGAUAAGCGGUAGUGGUAGUGAUGUGAAACAUUCGUGGGUCGGGGCUGGUUGGCGGCAUCGCCAGGCAGGCAAGCACUAAGCAGGCAGGCCAAGGGAGCGGUACGGUAGAAGUUAGGUGCGAGACGCGGAGCAAGAGCGGAGGAAACGGCACGGCACGGCGCGGCGCGGCGCGGUUUCGGCUUCUCGGCAUCGGCUUCGGAAAUGGCCGCGGGAAAGUAGAGAGCGGAGGCCGGACCGUUUCGUCGCUGGCUGGCAGGCUGCUGGUUCGGUUGGUCGGUCCGUCGGUUGGUUGGCCGGGUUGAAUCGGUCGAUCGUGGUCCAAGUUUUCGGAGCACUGUGCGCUCGUUUAUCCGACUGCUCGUUCGGGGCCGCGCGAUCGAUUCACGCGCACCAAACGAUCUCGCAGACCAACAUGAGAUGUGAGAGCGGUGCAUCACCGACGAAACUUGAGAAGACAUCGUUGGAAAACGGAAGCGACCUCGACGGAGGCGAGGAAUGGCGCUUGGUGGAUAUGGUUCCUUGCUCCGGUCCGGUACGCGAGAAGAGGAUGGCCGGCAACGACGGGACGACGACGAACAAUGAGAUCCUCGGCGCGGAGGGUGAGGAGGAGGGGCAGGGUACGUCAGCGCGAGGGGAACUGCAUUCCAGAGUGGGCGGUAUUCUGGAAUGCGAUCCCCCCGGUAACAGGAAUUCGUCGAACGAGCGACCCGCCGCCACCGCCGCUGCUAACAACGAGGACGGUGUCUGCCGAUAUGCGGUCGGCGCUGCUAAUCGUGCUAUGUCUUUCUUCGAGAUGUGCCAGAUUCGACUACAAUAUUUGUUCCCGCAACUGAGUCCACCCCCACGUUACAAUAUCCACGAUGAUUCCAUAGAAUCGACUGCGGAAAUCUUGGCCAAUGAUGUGAUGCGAUACUUGUUGAAGGAGGACAUCUAUCUUAUAUCCCAGGAUCCAGUCUCUCGCAGCAUGAGACACAAUGUAUAUCAAAUGCUCAACAAACACAGCAUUCUCUUUACGAGUAUGGUAAAUCGUUUAAACGUUGUCCCGGAUACUGCUUAUGAAACAUUCAUGGGGGUCGCCAACGAGCUGUUCUUACACGACGUUAUCACAUGGGCCAGAAUUGUCUGUUUAUAUGCUUUUAUGGGCAGAUUGGCUUUAUGGGCUAGGGACAGAAGAAUGCACAGUCUUAAAAAGAAAUUGCCUUUAUACGUCUCUAGAUAUGUUGGUGAAAAUAUAACACACUUUAUCAAAGGCUAUGGUGGAUGGGAACAAUUAUGUGUUGAAUAUCCUGUAGCCGAAGAAGUUAGUGGAGCAGUUUGGCGGAGUCUACUAAUGACAGGAGCUACUCUUGGUUUGAUCGCUACGAUCUUGUCAGUGACUUCCUGAUGGAACCUUAUUGGAUCGUGUGAUCUGAGUACGUUUUGUUGUCAAGAAGCUUUCGCGUACUUACGUUCUAUGAGAACACUUUCAAAUGAAAUGUAAAGAAAUUUUUAUAACAAAGGCGCAAUGUUACAUUUCACAUCGGAACGAUUCGAUUCAAACGGAGCGUUUGCUACGUCUAUACGAGAAAUAUGCAAAAUUAA